UAGUGCCAUGUUUUGUUACAUGUUAAAAGCAUGUAAUUCCAGUGUGGAGGCGCUUCGUAAAUUGCACUGUAUUUUUAGCCUAUUUGCCACAAGCAGGCGGAGCUAAGGAGGCUGAGAUGGAGGGAUGCUGCUGAAUAGCAGGUGGAGACCGCGGAUGUUUACGGGAUGCACUUUACUGAGGGAGGAUCAGAGGAGGCUGGAUAGAUUUUUCUCGACUUGAAAAGUCCGUUGCACUUUGUGGACGAUUUUAUAUGUAUUUUUAAUCUGUGAGGGCUGAGAUCGACUCCACGCUGCUCAGCAGACCGGCAGGGACUAGCUGUGAAAGGCUCCGUCUGUCUGUCGUGUCCUGGAGGUUGCGACGAUGUGAAGCUCCAUCGUCGGGUCGACGGCCGCAGCCUUUUCCCUGAAGCUUGAUAUUAUGCAGGGAACAAGGGGCACUGGAAGGAUUAAAGGGGAACAAAGCACCGGUUUAGAAAACGUUUUACAAACUGGCAGUAUUAGCCAACUAUGGUCGACCCCUCGGAGGCUGAGGAGCAGAGCAAGUGUAAAGGUCCACAACUCGACACGCCAGCUGUGGCCACUGAAGACCCUCGACUGCCAGAACAGGCCGAUGGCACGACAACAGAGGAGGACGGGGAUGCCGGUUUCGAGACGCCCCCCACUGGCAGUUCUGAGCCGAGUCCCUGCCACACUGCAACCCCGGGCCCAGACACCGCCUCUCAGGGGGUCCCACCUGAGCAACCACAGACUCAGACUGAUACGUCGCCAAAAUUGCACCUGGACCUGUACAACUUUGACUCACCAGCUGCAGAGGGCAGCCGCUACGUGUUAACAAGCCCUCACUCUCUGGAGGCGUGUGCUCGAUGUGGGGUCAAACCAGUGGAACUCCUGCCCCGCCCGCUGGCUGACUUUGCCCGGGAGGCUCCUGGUCGCUCCAUGCGUGUUGCGACAGGCCUGUUUGAAGUCUACGAGAGGGACAGACACGCGAAACUGAGACAGUGCAGGGAGGAGAGAGAGAGGAUAGUCAGAGAGGAGAAAAGGAGGAUUCUGCAGGCGACAGUCAAUACCAGCAGCAGUGCGUCAGCCUCCUCUGUGGAGCAGCAGCACAAAGCGUCCCCUGGCUCCGCUCAGCCUCCUAAAUCUGGGCCGGUGACCUCCAGCUCAGCCCCUGAUUUUGGAGCAUCUUCUAGAGCUGCAGCAUCAGGUCCGACCUCUAAAACAGGUACAUCUAUUUUAUCUAAAGCUCCGACCACGAGCACCUCCCCUAAAACUGCCCAUGCAGCAUCUACUCCGUCCUCAAGAACUGGUUCUACAACAUCUACACCGUCUCCCAGGGGUGGUUUCCAAGGAAAGCAUCUUCUGUCCUCUUCAUCUGAACAAGUGAAAACUACACGGCCGCUCUCCUCUGGCCCUCCACCAGUAAUCAGGAAGUCAUCAGGCGGUAAAUCCUCAAACACUUUCCCCAGAUCGACACCCAAACCCCCCGCCUUCCCCAGAGCCAACUCCACAUUAACAUCAUCAGUGACAAAGCCUGCAGUUCAGAGCCCCGGGACGCCUCUGAACGGCGUAACAGGAACACCAUUCUCUCAGCACAAUGGACAUCUUGGCUUUCACUCCAAGGUGCGAGGAAAAAGCCAUUCAUUGGAGUCCUUACAGCGGAGGAUGGAUCCGGUCUGCUCUUCCACCUCCACCACCACGACUACUACUACAUGCACCUCAUCAGAGUCAGGUGCUUCAUCUUCUUACAGCUGGGACGGUCCGCGAGAUCACUGGGCUAAAGUCUCCAGUCCUCGAGCUCGCACUAUGGCCACUUUCAACUCCCUGAUGGGCCGCAGCCUCAGCCUCGGCGACCUGAGCCACUCUAUUCAGACAACACAGAAGGUGGAGCGCAUAGUGAAGGAGGUGAAGCGUCGAGGCCUGAAGGCUGUGUCUGAGCGCGACCGCAAGAUUGCAGCUCUGAUGCUUGCCAGAUACCAGGAGGAAGACAUCAUGAGUCAGACCCGUUACGUGGCUCACCUUCAGUGGGAUAGUGAACGCAGAAUGGAGGAGCUACGCCGAGAGCAGGAGGAGAGAGAGAAGCAGCGUGCCGUGCUUCAGUGCCAGCGGGUGUGGCAGACCCAGGUAUCGAUUCGCCAGCGUAGACUCAGCCAGCAGGAGCGACAGUCAGCAGCUGCCAAAAUGAGACAGGCUGAGGAGAGUGAGGAGCGAUGGAGGGAGCUCGCAGAGCAGCAGGAACGCAACCGUCUGCUGAGGUUACAGCAGGCAGCACGAGAGGAGAAACAUAAGAAAGCUCUGCAGGAGCAGAACCUGAAGGCCCUGGAGGAGGAGAGGGCAGCCAUGCUGGAGCAGGAGAGGCUGCUGCUGAAAGAGAAGCUCACUAUGGCUGAGCUGAAGAGGCAAGAGAGGGAGCAUCAGGCCCAGGAAGAUAGACGAGGUCUGAACAAAGCAGAGAAGAGACGUCACGCCGCCCUCAUACAGGAGAUCGCCCGCAGAGAGCAGGAGGAGAGGGAGGAGGCCAGGAGGGCAGCAGAGGAGAAGCUCAGCCGUUCUCUGGAGAAUUAUGAACAGAUUGUUGAGCGUCGAGGGCAAGAGCUGAAAGAAAAGGCCAAGCGUGAGGAGCAGCAGAUCCUGAAAGCACGCAAGGCAGCAGAGAAGCGUGAGAGACAGCAGCAGCAACUUCUAGAAGCUCGUGUGAAGGAGGCGGAAAAACGAGCCCAGCAGGCAGCUGUAGUGGCCGAGGAGAGGGCCAAAGAAAAAGCUCAGCGGGCCGUCCAGAGCCGACUGGAGAAGGAGAAACUCCAAAAGCUCAACAGGCAGCGAGUUGAGGAGGAGGAGAGGCAGAGGCGUCUGGAGCUGCUGCAGUCCAUUGAAAGGAAGCUGGAGAAGAGCGAACAGAUCUUUAAAGAGAAGAGGGCAGUGCUGGAGAGCGCUCGCUCUGUGGCCCGAGCCUCCUUUCAUGUACGAGACAAAGUGCGAGAGGAGACCAACAUGCGUACGUUUGAUAAAAUGGCUCUUGAAGCUCAACUCAAAGCCAGUCUAGAUGAGAAAUAAACUCCUGGUUUUGUUGUGGACCCCUCACUUCUGGUCAUGUGCUCGGCUCUCGCCUUCAUUAUGGCCCUCAUCACUCAACAGCUUUUUCCUAUUAAAACCCAGCGUGUUAUUUUUCCUUACAUAUCAUAACCAUCAGCUGGUUUGAUUAGAUUUUUGACCAUCUGUUUUUUCAUUAUAGAUCCUAUCAAAGUAAACCAAAUCAUUUUUUAUCAUGGAUGCAACGAGACUAUGAACUUUAUCAGCUGUUAUAGUUUAACAGUAAAGCCUGUGUGGGACGUACAGUGGACUUCAUAUUAGAUGAGAGUUUGGAGCAACACAGCCCCUCCUCUUCUCCCGGCCUCUUUGCCCUCUGUUCCUUACAUCUCAGCUACUGGACUGAAAGCUGUGCGGGAAUGAAAAGAGUCAUUGUUUACCAGGAAGCACAACUCCAUGACAACUGCAGAGGCUUUUAAAGGAGCACUCCUGUGAGGGAAAAUUAAGCGCAAAUGGUUCUAGACCCCCAAAGCAACCGAGGGAUCCUUUUGUCCACGCACUGUGACACAGCUACAUAUAGCAUGGAAAUAAAGCCCUGGGCUGGGCACUUGUCUGUACCUAACCGCUGACAAUGCAGCACAGGAGGGCCGUGUGCACGAGCCUCGUGCUGAUGAAGCAUCGGAGGACGCAGAUUCCUGCAGCAAGGGCUGUUCUUUCCUCCCUCUUCCUCCCCUCAAGGACUCCCUCUGUCUCUCCUCUUCAUGUCAGAUCACAGUAAACAGUGAAGCACUCUGAGAGACAGCCACCUCUUGACUUCCCGUCAAGGUCAACAGGUCCUGUUGAUGAAUGAGAGCUGGUGAUAAUCUGCAAUCCUUUUCUUCCCACACUGAACUUUGUCAAAGUGCAAAACCCAACAAGUCCCUCCUCUGAUGGAAAUGCAUCCAUAUCAAGAGUUUUGUUUUUAUUUUUCCAUAUUUUAAACUAGUAACGGUGCCAUCUGUCGUGCUGCUGAGAACAGGAACCCAGAUAUGAACCUACAGCCUUUUACCUGCAUAAAUGAAGUGACUAGACAAGGUUCAAACACAGCUUUAUUAGCAUCAAGGCAUGUUGUUCAGUCCAUCAUAUGUUCCCUCUUACCUUAACCCGACAUGUGGGCUUCUUUUCUGUGUCAUUUCUGGUGUUAAGUUAUCAUUUGUAUAUUAUCAUAAAAUGCUUGCGUCAGUGAAUUGCAUUGAGUUGCUUCGUCGAGGACAGAUUUUUCAGAUGCAGCAAUAAUGAAAUGGUCAGUGGUCGACAACAGACGUCUGUGAGUUCAUUGUUUUCAUAAAACCUCUGUGAAAGUGAAGGACACAAUCUGUGCAUACAGUCAAAACCAGAACAAUAAAAACAAACAUUUUACAAGA